AAAAAAUGUACAUAGCUCUUCCUGUAAGCGGCCAGAGGUGACCCGUGAAGAUGGUUCGCUACUCUCUUGACCCAGAAAACCCUACAAAAUCAUGCAAAUCGAGAGGAUCAAACCUUCGGGUUCACUUUAAGAACACCCGUGAAACGGCCCAGGCCAUCAAGGGUAUGCAUAUCCGAAAAGCCACCAAGUAUCUGAAAGAUGUCACUUUGAAGAAGCAGUGUGUGCUAUUCCGACGGUACAAUGGUGGAGUCGGUAGGUGCGCCCAGGCCAAACAGUGGGGCUGGACACAGGGUCGGUGGCCCAAAAAGAGUGCAGAAUUUUUGCUGCACAUGCUGAAAAAUGCAGAGAGCAAUGCUGAACUGAAGGGUUUAGAUGUGGACUCUCUGGUCAUUGAGCACAUCCAGGUGAACAAAGCACCUAAGAUGCGCCGACGAACUUACAGAGCUCAUGGCCGGAUUAACCCAUACAUGAGCUCCCCCUGCCACAUCGAGAUGAUCCUCACUGAGAAGGAACAGAUUGUUCCAAAGCCAGAAGAGGAGGUGGCACAGAAGAAAAAGAUAUCCCAGAAGAAACUGAAGAAACAAAAACUUCUGAAAGAAAAAGAAAUAAACUGAGCAAGCCAGGAGGGA